AUGUUAAGUGCAACUCAAAGUCCCGAUGAUAUCCUUUAUGUCUUUAAUCACAAUAUCGAUUUGAAUGAAAACGCUGAAAAUGAAAAUCCUACUGAAGAAGCUCAAGAUGCGGAUGCUGACGGAGAUGCAUUAAAUGAUAAUGCCAGUGAUGAUACACCAGGUGACAAUUCCGUCAAAGACUCUUACAAUGGAGAUGCCAUUAAGGAAACAAGUGCAGGAGUGUAUGACUUGUUCUUGAAGCCUGCGAAUGGAGAGAUUAAUAAAGUUCAAUUGGACAUCUCUAGCGUGAUAGAUUUUGCUCCCUCUUAUAAUAUUGCUCCUACAAAUACGGCAAUCAUCAUUUAUAUGGCCGAACUGCCAGAAGGUUACAAUGCAAAGUAUGUUUUUGAACCUUCCAAAUUUGGCUUAGUACCUGUAUGGGCGAAACCAGAGGACCCUACCCCUGUGAAUCAGGGCAAAGAAAACCAAGGAAAACCGUAUUCAAGAGAAUUGGGAAGGCAUGAAGGACGCUACUUCAAUUGUCGAAGGGAAUCUCUUGAACAAAAUAAACCCGUUUGGAGCUCUGCAAAGAAGUAUCGAUGCGUCAUACCAAUUCAAGGGUACUUUGAAUGGCAGAAGGGUAAAGAAAAGGACGAGAAAACUCCAUAUUUUGUUCACUCGACAUCGGCACCAUUUAUUUAUUUAGCUGGUUUUUACUCUCACAAUUACAACUACAAAGAAGAUUUCAACGUUAAUGACGAGUUCUUGUCAUCUUUUACAAUUGUCACGGGACCAGCCAAUAAAACAGAUGAAUAUAGCGAUAUUUCAUGGCUACACCCACGCAAACCCAUUUUUAUUAAGCCGGGAACAAAGGCGUGGUAUGAUUGGCUUAAGCCAUCUGGCAGCUGGAGUAAUAUGUUACUAGCGGAAUCGCUAAACUCAGCAAAAAAUAUAGCAUAUAAAAAUAUUGAUUGUUAUCGAGUUUCAAAUAAAGUGGGGAAUCCAACCAAUAAGGGGAAGGAGAUUCUCAAAAAAGUUGGUGAUCGAAAUAUAUCACCGAUUAGCAAUUUUUUCACACCAUCUUCUACAAAUAAAGAGAAACAUUUCAAGAAGGAAGAAAACAAUUUAGGGACUGAAAAUAAACAGGAUCAAAGGAAGAUCAAAGGUGAAAAGGAUAUCAGCAAGUUAUCUGCCAAAUAUCCGAAAAAUGAUGAACAAAACACCAAAAGGCAAAUGAGGUUCGGCAAGGGGGAACCCAUUGCUAAAAGGACGAGACAUGAAGAGUCAAAAGUAAAGAGGGAACAGUAA